UGACGUGGUUAUCCAAUCGAAUCAAUAUAAAAAGUCAUAACAGAGUUCAGUCACUGCUGAUGUCAGGAGCCACUUCAUUUAAAUCGGAGAUAAGUAUGCCCCGUAAAAUCUGGCAGCUCAUUUUUGACAAGGACAAUUUACGGCCUUAUGAAAUAUCACAAGAUAAUGUAAAUGUCUUAAAUUUUAAGCCAAGAUGGGAGAAAACAAUGGACGAUCUCACUGGGCCAUUGGCGGAUCAAUACAGAGAUGCAUUUGGAGCAUUACCUGCAGCAGAAAUAAAUGGAGAAAUACCACGAGCCAAGCGUGUUAAACGUCUUCACAUUAGUUUAGAGAAAAAGAAUCAAGAAUAGUAAGCUAACAUUUAUCAGAUCACAUCUAUCAUCACAUUGAAAU